AUGUCUACAAUGUAUGAUUGGUCAAAGCCUUGUCUCGAUAUUUUGCAAUCGAUCUUCAAACGCUUAAACCGUAAGGAUUUUCACCGAGCAAGAACCGUUUGCUCAACCUGGUAUACUGUUUCCGAAACAUGUAUGCCACCUCCGUAUCCAUGGCGGCUUGUAUUCCGUAAGUAUUCUGUUUGGUCGUUAGAUCCAGAGGGAAACGAUGUCCGUGAAAAUAAGUUUUCGACUUUGUUGUUCGAUCCUGAGGAAGACAGUAUCCGUGAAAUCGAAUAUCCCGAACUAGAUCUGUCCGAAAAAUACUGUAUCGCUAGUUGUAGCAAUUGGCUUCUGAUGGUAGAUCAACGUCUAAAUUUCAAUAUCUUGAACGUUUUCACUCGCGAGACGAUAAUUCUUCCAUCAAUGGAGCCAUCACUUCUCGGGAUACAACAAGGUGAUGAUGAUGAUGAGGAGGACGAGUACUUCAUUUCGCGUAAUGAGAUCGAAGAUGCCAAGAGAUCGGCUGUUUUGUGGAUUAACGAGAGAACAAGAGAUUACGUCGUCGCUUUUGCUUACAAACGAGACUUCUUGUUCACGUUCAAGAAAGGAGAUGAAGCGUGGCGGAGGAAUCUUCAAGGCACGAGAUGUGACGAUAUGGCUUUUAAGGAUAACAAGCUUUACGUGCUCGCUCUUGAUAACUUCAUCAAGAUUGUUGAUCUCUCUGGAGAUUUGCCAAGAGAAUCACUUGAAAACCCUUAUCUUAAUCAUCGCUUUACCUUCCGUAUGGGACCGAGGGAAUGCAUUUGGAAGAGGAGAAUAGCGAUCUCGAAGUCAGGAGAGGUUCUUGUCAUUCAGAGCUCAAAAGUGUCGAAAGAUAAGUUCGUGUUUCAAAUCUUCAAGAUGAAUGUGGAGAGUAGCAAGUGGGAGAUAGUGGAUUCUCUUGGGGAUGAGAUGUUGAUCUUUGGCCAUGGAGUCACGGUAAGGACAUCUGUCAAAGGUGGUUCCAUAUGUUUCGCUGAAGACGACAUUGAUCCAUGUAAAGGUAGUGGUGUGUUCGAUCUUGCGACAGGUACAAUAACGUGGGCUAAACAAGUAGGUAAAAAGUUAUCGGAGAGUCGCUGGUUUGUUCCUGGAUAUUGUUAA